AUGUCAGACCAAAACAAAACAAAGAGAAUGGCCACUAAAGGUGCUCUUACACGUUUAACAACAUAUUUUCGAAGUAUAGAAAAUAAUGAAAUUAUCGACUUCGUAGAUUUAGAAAUUCGAUUAUCCAAAGCCGAAGAGCUUUUAGAUGUUUUUAAUGAGGUUCAGCUGCUUAUUGAAACUGAUGAUCCUGACUGCGAGGAAAAUUAUGACGACCUACUGACACCUACAUUUGAUGGAUCCUUUGAUCAAUUCCUCUUCUUUCGCGACAGUUUUAAUUCUAUUAUUAAUGAUGAUACUUCACUUUCCAAUGUACAAAAGUUUCAUUACUUACGUCUGUCAUUACGUGGCAUAGCUGCCGACACUAUUAAAUCUUUGCAAGUUUGCGAUGCAAACUACGACAUUGCUUGGAGUUUAUUGAUCGAAAGAUUUGAAAAUAAACAGUUACUCGUAAACAAUCACAGUAAAGCUCUCUUUAACCUACCACUAGUCACAAAAGAAUCAAAUCAAGGUCUCAGACAACUUCUAGACAAUACACAAAAACAUUUACGUGCUUUAGAAGUUUUAAAACGCCCCACUAAACACUGGGAUGAUUUGAUUAUCUAUUUGUUAACAACAAAAUUUGAUAACUCAACAAGACGCUCUUGGGAGUCACAAAAUUGUAAAGACAACCUACCAGUUUUAGAUGAUUUACUGAAAUUUUUAAAAGAACGAUGUCGUAUCUUAGAGUCAUUAGACAACUACAAUGAUAAUAAACAGGAUCAAAAUUCACCACGUUACAAAGGUAAUAAGUCUGAAACAAGAGCCUUUGUUUCUAACACAGAGAAUAGGUUUAAAUGCAACUUUUGUAAUAAGGAACAUAAAAUAUAUUAUUGUCCUGACUUCUUAAAACUAAAUCCUACUAAUAGGUUAAACAAUGCAAAACGUCUACGUUUAUGCCUUAAUUGUCUUGGCACAUGCCAUCGUACUAAGGAUUGUCGUUCUACUGGUUGUAGAAAAUGUGGAAGGAUCCAUCACACUAUGUUACACUUCGAGAAUUCACAAUCCUCAAAUUCAGUUUCCACAGAAAACAAUUCUUCUCAAUCUUCAUUACCUUCCAAUGUUCCAAACACUGGGUUGCAGUCUAAUGAAUUUACUUCUACCUCUAACUUCUCUUCAACACAUGAUAUAAGCUCAAGUGUUCACACUGCUAUUAAACCGUAUAUUCUACUCUCAACUGCUGUUGUUAACGUUUUUGACAAGUUCGGCAACUCACAUAAAUGCAGAGUACUCUUGGACAACGGAAGUCAAUCCAACUUUAUAUCUGAGAAAUUUUUUGAUAUUUUACAACUUUCCAAGGAAAAAGUCAACAUUUUGAUCUCGGGAAUUAAUCAAUUAACUCACAAUAUUAACUUCCGGACAUCACUAACAUUUAAAUCAGAUAUUAACAAUUUCUCGAAAAAAAUAUCUUGUCUAAUGUUGCCCAACAUAACAAGUAAUUUACCUUACAUACAGAUCAAUCGUUCCCAGCUCAAUAUUCCAACAAAAUUACUUCUAGCUGACCAGAAUUUUGAAAAACCUGGUCCAGUAGACCUUCUUAUUGGAGCUGACACAUUCUGGGAUAUUUUAAACGUGGGACAAAUUAAACUUGGUCCUGGGUUACCGAUCAUUCAAAAAACCACUCUUGGUUGGAUAAUUUCUGGCCCAAUUCCAACAAAUAUUCAACACCACCCCCAACAUAAUUGUUACUUCUCUUCUACCAGUGAAUUAGAUUCACAGCUCACAAAGUUUUGGGAACUAGAGGAGUGUCCUAAAACUAAAUCUGUUGUAUUAAAAUUUACGUAA